CGUACUCGAAUCCAGUGUGAAAAGCUCAGCGGGCACGCCCACCACCCACGCGAGUGCUUAAAUCGAAAAAUUAUCCAAGAAAAGACCCCAAGAAAACCCCUAACAAAAUGAGCAAGUUCGCUUGGGUGACGCUGACGACAAAUGACACGUACUCGCUGGGUGCCUUGGUCCUGGCCCACUCACUGAAGAGGGCCAACACUGCCCACCAGCUGGCAGUUCUGGUCACGCCCACCGUCUCGCUGGCGAUGCGCGACCGCCUUAAGGAGGUCUAUAAUGUGGUCCAGGAGGUGAAUGUUUUGGACUCACAGGAUGCUGCCAAUCUGGCUCUCCUGGCCCGCCCCGAACUGGGCGUGACCUUCACAAAGUUGCACUGCUGGCGUCUGGUGCAGUUUGAGAAGUGCGUCUUCCUGGAUGCGGAUACACUGGUUUUGCAAAACUGCGAUGAGCUGUUUGAGCGCGAGGAACUGUCGGCUGCCCCGGAUGUCAGCUGGCCGGAUUGCUUCAACUCUGGCGUGUUUGUGUUCAAGCCCAGCGUGGAGACCUUUGGCCAGAUCACAGAGUUUGCCGUUAAGAAUGGCAGCUUCGAUGGCGGUGACCAGGGUCUGCUGAAUCAGUACUUUGCCGACUGGGCGACGGCGGACAUCAAGAAGCAUUUGCCAUUCGUUUACAAUGUUACGGCCUAUGCCUCCUACUGCUAUCUGCCCGCCUUCAAACAGUACAGAGAUAAGAUAAAGAUUUUGCAUUUCGCCGGCAAACUGAAACCUUGGCUGAUUCAGUUCAACUCGGAGACUAAGACCGCCAGCGUCUCCUCGGAAUAUGCCCAUGCCCAGGAUCUGAUCCAGCUGUGGUGGAACAUCUUCUGUGAUAAUGUGAUCCAGUCCCUGUCCACCGAUAUGUGGCUAUGCUUGAACCUAAUGCACUCGCAAAGCGAAUACGCGGCGGAUGAGCAACGCCAGCAGCAGCAACACGAGCUUGAGUACUACCAGCAGCAGCGUCUGCACCACCAGCUGUUGCAUGUGCGCCAGUUCCGCGAUCCUUGGGCAGAUUACUAUGAGAAUCUGGAGAAGGAGCAGCGGCAGGAGGAGCUAGAGCGCCAGCAGCUACAGGAACGGGAACGGGAGAGGGAGCAGGAGCAACAGCACAAUCACAGCCAGGACAAUGGGAAUGCAACAGCUAAUGAAUAUGCCACUGAGUGGCAUCAUGACGAUGCAUCCCACCCAUCACAGCCACAGCCACCCACCAGUCCUACUCCCCCACCUCCACCUCAGUCCUACAAUGCCACUGCCAAUGCCGAAGACUCGGCAUCCACAGAUGUGAAUAGCAAUGAGCUGCACAUUGCCCAUCUGCCAGAACACGACUCCUCAGCCUCAGACUCAGUCUCCACUGCCACGCCCACGCCCACGCCACAUCAUUCUGUGCAUAGUCAGACAGUAGAAAAUGCGACAAACCACCAACCAGAUCAUGAAGUUGCAGCCGAAACGCCGCCUGAGGUGGGUUUGGCUGGCGCCCUGUCACAGCUGCGCAUUGGUGAGCAGCGCACGCCGGAGCAGGAGGCCUACGAGAACCAGAUGCGUCGCCAGUGCUGGGAAUCCGGACAGAUUGACUACUCCGGUGCCGAUUCCUUUGAGAACAUCUGGAAGAAGAUCUCGCAGACGUUGGACAAGAAGAGCGAGCAGGACACCGAACAAACUGGUAGCUCUUAGAAUCAAAAAAGAAAAACUAAAAAAAAAAAAACAAAGCAAACCAGAACAAACCACAUGCAAAUCGUUCGUUAUUCGUCGUUUUGUUGACAUCUUUUUUUUUGUAAAACAACACAGCACACAGAGCACACACACUAAACACGCACACACAGACACCAGACACCUGAAAACAUAUCCUUUACCUGAGGCUGGCUCUGCUGUCAAAGUCAAGUACUUGCUCUAAUUGAAAUAAGGUUCCAAAUUCCCACGAGUGUCAUAAAUGCAAUUUUUAUUUGCCGCCACUUCAGCCUCCACCACACACAUGGCCCCAAAAUCUUGUUAAAAGAGAGGAGCAGCAGAAAAAAAAGCACAGAAAUUUUAAUUAAGUUUUCAAAUUAAACUUUUUUGCACUCGCACUGCUCUCGACAUACUUGAUGGGUGUGUGUGUGUGUGGGUGCGAGUGUGCGACACACUUGGCACAGUUGCCAGCCAGCCAGUAGUCCCCCCCUCUACACACACACACACACACUUGGCUUCGGCCACAAACUUUUACACUUCAUUGUAUUUUAAUUGAAAAUUUUUGUACUUUUGCCCUCUCUCCCUUGCUCGACUCUGUGUCGUGUGUGUUUACCGAUUUAUGGCGAUGACUUUUUAGCUCAUCUGCAUCGUAAAUCGGAAAUCAUUGUAGCAUACAACCCUCCUCUAUCCCCCAAGUGUACAUAUGUUUCCUUCGUCUGAAUAAAAACCAAACAAAGAGUGUGUAUAAAAUAACUCUAGAAAAAAAAAAACGAAGCGAAAAACAAAAUCAUUUAAAGAAUAAAAAAGUAAUUGUAUAAAAUAAAAAAAAACUAAAGUGUUGUAUGUGUGUUUUGAGUGAGUGUGUGUGUCACCCCCUUCGAAUCGACAGCAAAAAUGUUUGUUUGCUUGCCUGUUUUGUAAACUCUUUUUCUAUAACUUUAUACGUAUAAAACCAUUUAUGUUAUAGUUUAUCAAUUUUUUGCAAAAAUAUUGUCGUAAUAUUUAUUCGAGAACAAGGAACUAAAAAAGAAAAAAAAUCAAACAAAAAACCCACACAAACACAAACAAAUUUUCUAUUUACGAAACUCUGUU